AUGGGGGACGACAAUCGGGAACGCGUCCAUACCGGAUCGCCGCUGAUGGAGGGGAGGCGGGAGAAUGGAUAUCUGGGAGAUGUUGAUGGAGUUGAUGAGUCGUCGAAAAGUGGAUGGUAUUUGUUUUUGCUAACGGUGUCUAUUGGAGGACUACAGAUUGUGUGGUCUGUGGAACUAUCUAAUGGAUCGCCCUUCUUGCUCUCUCUUGGGAUGAGCAAGUCGCUUCUUGCUUUUGUUUGGAUUGCCGGGCCCUUGACGGGGACAUUGGUGCAGCCUUAUAUUGGCAUUCGAAGCGAUAAUUGUCGCAUGGCCUGGGGGAAAAGGAAGCCGUUUAUGGUUGUUGGGAGUGCUGCGACGAUUGUUUCUUUGUUGUUGCUUGCGUGGGUGAAGGAGAUUGUUGGUGGGUUUUUGUCUCUAUUUGGUGCUGAUCCGGCGUCGAGUGGGACCAGAAUUAUGGUCAUUAUUGCGGCCACAGUUCUUAUGUAUUGUCUUGAUUUUGCGAUUAAUACCGUGCAGGCUGGGAUUCGAGCGUUUAUUGUUGACAAUUGUCCUGCUCAUCAGCAAGAGCUGGCUAAUGCUUGGGCUAGUCGAUUGACGGGCGUUGGUAGCAUCCUAGGGUAUAUCUUCGGAUAUUUGGACUUACCCAGGAUUCUACCAUUUCUGGGAAAUACUCAGUUCAAAGUUCUGUGUGCACUUGCUUCUAUCUUUCUGAUCGCCACUCUGGCACUGAGUUGUUCAUACAUUCAAGAGCGGGAUCCCAGACUCGAUGGACCUCCGCCCUCCGACGGACUUGGCCUCGUCGCGUUCUUUAAGCAGGUAUUCAAGUCUAUUCGAAAUCUGCCACCGCAAAUUGCCCGUGUCUGUGAAGUACAAGUGGCUGCGUGGGUGGGCUGGUUCCCAUUCCUCUUCUACUCCACAACAUACAUCGGCCAGCUCUACGUCAACCCGAUUUUUGCAGAGCAUCCUGAUCUCCCAGAAGAUCAGAUUGACAAAACAUGGGAGGACGCCACUCGAAUUGGAGCAUUUGCUCUUUUGAUCUACGCUAUCAUCUCAUUUAUUGCGAACACUAUCCUCCCACUAUUUGUCGUCCCCACAUAUGAUUCCAAGGAACCUGUUGUACAACAUGAUGAACACGAAAUUCAAUUCGACGAGGAAGAAGAGCCUACUCCACGCCGCUUAUCAAUUUCAAGCAUGCCAACAGGCACCGCGGAGGAGCCGCUCAUUGACGCAGCAGCCGGCAAGAGUGUCGAUUGCGGGAAGCCGACGUGGCUGUCACGAUUGCAGAUACCAGGGUUGACUCUCCGUCGAACCUGGCUUCUAUCUCAUAUUUUGUUUGCACUCUGCAUGUUCAGUACAUUUUUUAUCUCCUAUUAUCCAGCAGGGUCUGUUGUCAUUGGAUUCGUUGGCAUUUCAUGGGCUGUUACUCUCUGGGCACCCUUUGCAUUAAUUUCCGCCGAGGUGUCUCGCAUUGAGGUCCAGCGUCGGUUGAACCGUCAUAAGACUACGCACACAGCGGGCGCCACACAACACAAUGGCUCCUCUGGAUCCUACGCACCCGUCUCGGGCGAAGACGAACAUGAAGACCAUGAUACCAGCGAGAAUGAUCUCGAAGAAGGCCCCAAUCAUGAACCACACGACAAUCUUAUCCAAGCUGGUAUCGUCCUCGGAAUCCACAAUGUGGCUGUUUCCUUCCCGCAGAUUUUCUCCAGUCUUGCUUGCAGCGCCAUUUUCAAAGUGGCUCAGAAACCGCGUGGGGCACCCUGGGAUGAUAGCGUGGGCUGGGUCCUACGAUUCGGUGGAUGCGCAGCAUUGGCCGCAGCGUGGCUCACUAGGAGAUUGGGCGAGGGAUCUCGUUGA